AUGGCGCUGCGCCACGGCAAGUUUGCCCGCAUUCCGGACGCGGUCGUGUGGCCCGCGUCGAACGAGCAGGUGGAGGCGAUCGUCCGUGCGGCGAACGACUUUGACGUGUGCAUUAUUCCUUUUGGCGGCGGUACGUCCGUGUCGCACGCGCUGCUGUGCCCAGAGGACGAGAUGCGCAUGAUUGUCUCCCUGGACAUGACCGAAAUGGACCGCAUUCUGUGGAUUGACCGCGAGUCCAUGACGGCCCGCAUUGAGGCCGGCAUUAUUGGCCAGGACUUGGAGCGCCGCUUGGCGGUGGAAGGUCUGUGCACUGGGCACGAGCCGGACUCGAUGGAGUUUAGCUCGCUUGGCGGCUGGGUUGCAACCCGCGCCUCCGGCAUGAAGAAGAACAUUUACGGCAACAUUGAAGACAUCAUCGUGCACAUGCGCGUGGUGACGCCGACGGGCACUUUGGAAAAGUCGUGCCAGGUGCCGCGCAUCUCGGCCGGGCCCGACGUCCACCAGUUUGUGCUCGGCUCGGAAGGCACCCUUGGUGUUAUUACAGAGGUGACCUUGCGGCUGCGCCCCUUGCCCGAGUGCAAGCUCUUUGGCUCGCUCGUCUUCCCGUCGUUCGAGAUGGGCGUGGCGUGCAUGCGCGAGGUCGCUCUGCAGCGCUGUGCGCCCGCCUCCAUUCGCUGCAUCGACAACGACCAGUUCCAGUUCAGCCAGGCGCUCAAGCCGCACGCGGCUUCCGCCUUCCAGGCGUUCAUUGACAAGGCCAAAAAGUUCUACGUGACCACCCUCAAGGGUUUCCAGGUGGACAAGAUGGUUGCUGCAACCCUGCUGUUCGAAGGCACCAAGGCCGAGGUGGAGGAGCAGUCGCGACGCAUCUACGCCAUUGCCGCUCGCUUUGGCGGCAUUGCUGGUGGCGAAGAAAACGGCCUGCGCGGCUACUUUUUGACCUUUGUCAUUGCCUACCUGCGCGACAUUGGCUUCAACUACUACUUUAUUGCCGAGUCGUUCGAGACCUCGGUGCCGUGGCGAAACGUGCUGCCGCUCUGCCGCAACGUCAAGGACCGCAUCCGUCGCUCGUGCGCCUCGCGCGGUGUGAAGGCGCCGUUCGUCUCGUGCCGCGUGACCCAGACCUACGACAGCGGCGUCUGCGUGUACUUUUACUUUGGCUUCUGCUACAAGGGCCUGCCCGACCCCGUGCACACGUACCACGAGAUUGAGGUCGAGGCGCGCGAGGAGGUGCUCGCCAACGGAGGCUCCAUCAGCCAUCACCACGGCAUUGGCAAGCUGCGCAAGCACUGGCUUCCCGAGACGGUCUCGGAGACUGGCAUGGAGAUGCUGCGAGCUGUCAAGUCCCAGAUUGAUCCCAAGAACAUCUUUGGCAGCAAAAAUCUCUACUAG